AUGGACGUUGGAAACCUACAGACUCAGUCAACAGACCAAUUGGUAAGAGCCAGCGACCGUCUUGCCCUCUACCAGAAACAGCUCCAAGCCUCCGUCCUGUCACCGCAAAUCACGUCUUCCAGUCAUAGUAUCUCAAACGCCGCAAAAGCAACUGACCAAAUGUCUCGCGAUCCCAUUACUUGUCAUGUCCUUAACACCCUGUCGGGCACUCCCGCCGCAAACCUCCCCGUAACACUGACAUUCCUCGGGAGCAGCAAUGGCAACAACGCCAGCCAAAGCCCCAUCACAUUCAACGCAACGACGGACGCAGAUGGACGCGUGAAGAAUUGGACUGCCACCGCUGCAACAGCUACGACAGUUUCGGGGGUCCUUUCAUCGCUGCCGACUGCGGACAGCAAGACGAACUGGGCCGUGCGUUUUGAGGUUGGGCCUUGGUAUGCAGCGCAGGGGAUUGAGAGUUUCUGGCCAGAGGUGGAGGUGAAGUUUACAGUGAAGGGACGUGGACGGGAGGGUGAGGAGGAUUGGCGCCACUAUCAUGUUCCGGUGCUGCUGGGCCCUUGGAAUUAUUCUACUUAUCGGGGUUCAUAA